GAACGCGCACAAAAUCAGGCAACGACGACUCGGACCUGAUUUCUGAGAUAUCGGGGUGUAGUCUAGAUUGUAAGACUCUAGAGAGAUUAAGAAUCUGGGCUUAGGAGAGAGAAGAGCAUACACGAUUGAACGAAUUCACUGUUUCUACAAUGGCGACUGCAAGGCCUCUGGCCAACGGUAACGGCAACGCUGUUAGGUCCUCAAGGCCGGAGCCAGAAGAGGAUGAGGAGAAUAUCUUCCUAUUCUACCCCAACCUGAUCGGCUACUCCCGCGUCGUCUUAGCCAUCGCCUCCCUCUACUACAUGCCCCUCCACCCCCGCACCUGCUCCAUCCUCUAUAGCGUAUCAUGUCUCCUCGACGCACUCGACGGGUUUGCCGCGCGACGUUUUGAACAAUCUACCAAAUUCGGGGCUGUGCUCGACAUGGUGACCGAUCGGUGCACAACAGCGUGUUUGUUGGUGUUCCUGGCGAGCGCAUUUCCGCGAUGGAGCAUCGUUUUCCAAGGCCUGAUUAGUCUGGAUCUGGCAAGUCAUUAUAUGCACAUGUAUGCGACGCUGAGUAUGGGCGAGAGCGGACAGAGCCAUAAGAAUGUGGAUGAGAGUCGGAGUUGGCUGUUGAAGAUGUAUUAUUCGAAUAACAAAGUCCUCUUCACCUUCUGCGCCCUAAACGAACUCUUCUUCAUCGCUCUCUACCUCCUCUCCUUCUCUUCUCCCUACCUCUCCCCCACCCUCCUAAAAGACUCAUCCAACCCCUCAACCCUCCAACCCGGGACCCCUGCAGCCCCCAAACCUUCCAUGCUUUUUACAAGCCCCUGGUCUGCUGGUGCGAUGGAAAUGGCACGAGCAAACAAAAUGAGCUCCACAGUCCCCUGGAUUCUCGCCGUCAUCUCCUUCCCCGUCAUGUUCGGAAAACAAUGGAUCAACGUGGUCCAGCUUGUUAAAGCCAGUAAAUGGCUUGCGGAAGGCGAUCGGAAAGCGCGUCGGAAACUGGGGCUUCCGAGAAGGAAGAGUAAGGGGAAGAAGAAGCAGUAGAAGGGUGGUGGACAGAUAUAUAAUGAGAAGAGGAAAAAUGAGGCGGGGCAGGAUCUGGUAUAUUAGGGCAUAUUGGAGGCAUCAAAUUAUUGGGCUAGGAUA